AGCUGCCACCGUGAAAGGGUGUCUGAAUCUACUGUAAUCGUUACCAAACAUGGCCUCUCACACUGUUGCCUUUGAAAUGAUGUUGUUUUGCUUGUGUUUGGGAAUGGCAUAUUCCGUUGACUUCAAUUUCCCAGCAGUUUUCAACUUCGGUGAUUCAAACUCGGACACAGGAGAUCUUGCUGCUGGACUCGGCUUUCAGCCUCCCUUACCCAAUGGCCAGACUUUCUUCAAAACCCCAUCCGGCAGGUUCUGCGACGGUCGUCUCAUUGUUGACUUCCUCACAACAACCAGGAGCCUAAAAGGUUCUCCUCGCAAGUCCUCAACAGCCAUGGCGACCAACACAUGUGCCCUAGGCAUUCUCACCAUCAUCUCUCUCUCUGUAACUCUUACGAAAUCCAUGAACUUGGAUUUUCCUGCGGUUUUCAACUUCGGCGACUCCAAUUCUGAUACUGGCACCCUUAUUGCUGCUGGCAUCGAGAGUCUCUAUCCUCCCAAUGGGCAGACUUACUUCAAAGUACCAUCUGGGAGAUACUCAGAUGGCCGUCUCACCAUCGAUUUUCUCUUGGAGGCGAUGGACUUGCCGUUCCUAAAUGCGUAUCUGGAUUCGGUGGGGGUUCCAAAUUUUCGAAAAGGUUGCAACUUCGCUGCCGCAGGCUCAACUAUCCUUCCAGCCACAGCAUCAUCCAUCUGCCCAUUCUCGUUUGGGGUUCAGGUCAAUCAAUUCUUCCGAUUCAAAGCUCGGGUUCUAGAAUUGCUCGAUAAAGGUAGGAAAUUUGACAGGUACGUCCCAGCAGAAGAGUAUUUCCAGAAGGGGCUGUACAUGUUUGAUAUAGGCCAGAACGACCUUGCCGGGGCGUUCUAUUCAAAAACUCUGGACCAGAUACUCGCCUCGAUUCCAACAAUCUUAUUAGAAUUUGAAACUGGAACAAGGAGACUGUAUGACCAGGGGGCGAGGUAUUUCUGGAUACAUAACACAGGUCCUCUCGGAUGUUUGGCUCAGAAUAUCGCCAAAUUUGGAACUGAUCCGUCAAAGCUUGACGAGCUAGGAUGCGUUGCGGCACACAACCAAGCUGCCAAAACCUUUAAUCUACAGCUUCAUGCUCUCUGUGCGAAAUUGCAGGGCCAAUAUCCUGACGCAAGUAUCACGUUUGUUGACAUCUUCACCAUAAAGUCAAACCUCAUUGCAAACUACUCUAAAUAUGGUUUUGAACAACCUCUUAUGGCGUGCUGUGGAUCUGGAGGUCCGCCACUCAACUAUGACAGCCGAGUUGCUUGUGGACAAACGAAGGUCAUCAACGGAACCACUAUUACAGCGAAAGGUUGCACUGAUAGUAGUGAGCAUGUGAACUGGGACGGGAUUCAUUACACUGAGGCUGCGAAUCAGUACGUGGCCUCCCAAAUUCUCACUGGAAAGUACUCGGAUCCUCCUUUCUCAGACAAAAUGCCUUUCCUUCUCAAGCUCAAGUUCUGAACAACUCCUAUUCCUGUAUAAUUGUUUGAUUCUUUCUUUACUGGUGUUUUAAAAUCCAUAGUAAGAAGCUCUCACAAAUGAAUAUAUCCGCGGAUAUUAUAGUGUGUGUGAUUCUUAUGUUUCCCAUUCCCCGCUCUUAUGUCCCCACCUUCUCAAUAGCAGCGUUAACCCGAAGAUUGGUUUUGGGCAAGUCAGCAACAUCUCUGAGGCUCUAACUAGAAUGGGUCGGGCCUCCGGGUUAUGGGCCAAGAUUGUUUUCGGGCUAAAAUUCUCGUGCCAAUCUGGGCCUGCUCUGUUUCUGUCCUUUUCCCUCACCCUCCUAAGUUCGAUUUCCCCAUUAAUUAUGUUUGUGGUUACUAUUUACUGAUAUCCAUUAUUGGUGAUCGA